CUGUGCAGAACACUCGUUGUUGUGAAGUCAUGGUGAUGAAGUGUACUGCGGUGUGCCUUGUGGCACUGUCCUUGCUUGGCGGCUUAUGUGAUGCUCAGUGGAUGAAGCCAGUACAAAAACCAAAUUACCAGAAUCCAUCUGUGAGACAGGAGCCCAGCAAACAGUCGCCUCAAGAGCCCCAGCAGGUAAAGCAAACAUUUGAGAAACCACUCACCUGGGAAUACCCUGAAGAUCCCAAGCCUGAGCUCCAGCCUGAGGUGCCUUUUGAGCUGAGAUAUCCAGUUCCUGCUUCAACUGUUGCUGUUGAGUGCAGAGAAAGGGAUGCUCUGGUGGAAGUCAAGAAGGACCUGUUUGGGAUUGGCCAGUUCAUCAAUUCUGCCGACCUUACUCUGGGAAGCUGUAAUGCUGUAGGAGAGGACAAUGGUGCCCAAGUGUUGAUUUUUCAAUCUGAACUUCAUGGCUGUGGCAGCUCAUUAGCAAUGACAGAAGAUGCCCUUAUCUACACCUUCACUCUGAACUAUAAUCCUCAAAGUCUGGGUGGUUCUCCUGUGGUGAGGACAAGCAAAGCUGCUGUAAUUGUGGAGUGUCACUACCCAAGGAAGCACAAUGUGAGCAGCCUUCCUCUUGACCCUCUGUGGAUCCCAUUCUCUGCAGUUAAGAUGGCAGAGGAAUUCUUAUACUUCACACUGAAACUCAUGACUGAUGACUGGCAAUUUGAAAGGCCAAGCUACCAGUAUUUCCUGGGAGAUAUGGUUAAUAUUGAGGCCACCGUCAAGCAGUUCUUCCACGUGCCCCUCCGUGUUUUUGUGGACAGCUGUGUGGCUACUCUUUCUCCCGAUGCAUCCUCCAGCCCCAGAUAUGCCUUCGUUGAAAACAAUGGGUGUUUGGUCGAUGCCAGGAUCACAGGCUCCUCCUCAAAAUUCAUGGCUCGCUCUGCAGAGCACAAGCUAGGGUUCCAGCUGGAGGCCUUCAGGUUCCAGGGAGCUGAUAGUGGACUACUCUACAUUACUUGCCACUUGAAAGCAACAUCAGCUGCCUACAGCAUUGAUAAUGAACAUAGAGCUUGUUCCUACAUCAAUGGGUGGAGGGAGGCCAGCGGUGCUGAUGGAGCCUGUGGCUCCUGUGAGUCUUCUGGAUUUCCCAAGACUGGUUCUUCCCCUGGUGCAGGUGGCUCAUAUGGCACUUCAUCUGGUGCAGGUGGCUCAUAUGGCACUUCAUCUGGUGCAGGUGGCUCAUAUGGCGCCUCCUCUGGUGCAGGUGGCUCAUAUGGCGCCUCCUCUGGUGUAGGUGGCUCAUAUGGCGCCUCCUCUGGUGUAGGUGGCUCAUAUGGUGGAGCAUCUGGUGUAGGUGGCUCAUAUGGUGGAGCAUUUGCCCCUGGUAGGAAGAUACGUAGUGUAUCCCAAGAUUCCAGUGAAGUUUUCAAAUGGGAAGGUGAUGUCACCAUGGGUCCAAUCCGCAUCGAAGAGAGGGACUUUGCCUCAAAGCAUGCUCGUUUUUAACUCAAUGUGCUGCCACAGCAAUGGCCAUUGAAAUAAACAUUCUGAAUGGUUCAUAUAUCUGUCUGUAUAUGUUAUUUUCUUUCUUCUUCUUAAUAGCUCUGCCUAAACAAGGAAAGUAACCCCAUUUACUUCAUCAAAUGUA